AAGUCUCCCAAUUUGCACCUGUUCCACAUCGGAAAGCAUCCUCAGGUGUAUAGUUGCGCUGCACACAUGAAUAGAAUAACGCUACAAUAGCGGAGAGGAGAGUGAUCUCAGUCUCUUGAUCAACUUGCCAUGGAGAUCAUCUCGCCACUAUUAAUUCCACUCCAAAUAUUUACAAAUAAAGCAGACAGAAUACAAAAGUGUUGAUCAUAUCAAUUAAUUCGGCCACCUAACUAGUUAUAUUUCACACCAUCGCCAGUGAAAAUUCACAAUUUGCCUCCGAAAACGUAAAAUGAUUCAUCAAAACACUGCUGAAGUGUUAAAGUGAACAUCGAGCGCUGCAUAAGGCCAGAGUGUAUUGUGGAAAAACAAGUCGAAAGAGCUGAAAAGUGAAAAUAUCUGUGAUUUACGCGAGACUGCAAGAGACUUUUUACGGUGUUCAACAGUCACAUGAUGAUUCCUCUUCUAAUUCUGGGUUUAAUUAGCGCAUCUGAGGCGAAUUUGAACAUCAUUGGGCCACAAUGUGGGCAGAUCUUCUGCAAACUCGAUCAGUACUGCAAAGACGGUGUUUAUCAAUGCGUGAGUUGUGUGGACAUUUGCAAUAACACUUCGCACAAUGCCGAUCAGAUUCAGUGCCAUAAAAGCUGCGAUAAGUACAUGUACAGUCUACUGUACGAUAAGAUGACUCACCUAUCGAGUGAAUUCCAUCAGCUGCAGAACCGUCAAAUGAUGAUCCUGAUUAUCACAAUAGUCCUGCUGAUUCUCUUCAUCAUCAUCCACGGCUUUCUCCUCUUUCGCUGGCUUCGCCGCCGAGGCUACCUCAGUGUGAAGAUCUUCAAGGCGAAGUCCAUGAAGCAGAAGCAGUGUCCAGUUGUAGAUCUCACGCACGCCAAUCCGCACACACAAAGUCCGAAGUUGCAGAUCCGCACGGACAUGGCCAGGAGCGCCAACGCCAAGAGAGACUCCACCGUUUUCUCAGUGGACGGCUCAACAAUUCAGACCGUGAGCACGCCAAUUAGCACGAGAUAUCCCGCAGAGGAUUCAACGCUGGACUAUUCCUAUGAUAACAGAGGAAUGACUGUGACUCCCGUGGCCGAUAAGCCGCGAGGAUCGGAAACAAACUUCUGAUUGAGUUUCUAUAUUGAAAAAAUCAUUCUCACAUCACAAAAACCUUGUUAGUCAUACAAUUAAUCUAAGAGCAGGUGAACUGGGCAGCACACUUUUGUCCUACAAAAUGCUAAGUUGUAUGUAUUUUAGGGAUUAUUUUGUAAAUAUUUCAAUGUGAAGCGCAAACAUUCAAAGGUUGUUUCCGUGUAUAAAUCAUUAUCCGUCCU